GAUUCUCACUAAUGUUUUGAAUUUAUAGCCUUGAGCAAAUGUGCUGUGUUACUAGUCAGUUUUUUUGUUUUUUCUCUAUUUAUGACCGUCAAUAGUCUAACUGUCAAUUCCACAUCAUUCUGCUCAAAUUUCCGUGCAUUAAAAUCAAAUUAUGAAAGAAUUAUGGCAUGUAUUAAAGAACAAAUGGUUGUCGUACCGUUAUCGGUUUGUUCCGUGGGUUGCACUCAACUUCAAAGACAAAAGCCAUCGCUCAGUGAGCAGAGGAGAUGACAAGAUAACUCCUGACGAUGUUAUUGUUAACACUCUGCUACAUUUUUCCACGUCUUUGCACAAACAUUUUGUAGAUGGAAACAAAAAUCCAAUUGAAGCAUUAAAGGUCAUGGAAAGAGUGUUGGGCUACACCAUUCAGCUAAGAAAGAGUAAUAUUCCUGAAGCUGGCACUGGAGUUUUCGUAUCAAAAGGAACGGUAACUGCAGGUUCCAUUGUAGCUUUGUAUCCAGGGACUGUAUACCGAGUUAUGGAACCGUUGCUACUUCAGUCGAUUGUAAAUCCAUUCAUUUUCCGCUGUAUUGACGGCUUACACAUAGACGGAAAAGAUAGAGGAAUUUCACGCAAAAUUUUCAAGUCUUGUGUCUACCGUGAUUUGCGUUGGCCAUUCUUCCCUGCCGAUUUAACCUGGUUGACAGGGGACUUGAUUAAUCCUCUCAAUUGUGGUCAAUACGUUAACAAUGAGACACCAGAGUAUCCAUGCAAUGUCGCCUACCAAGAAUGCGAUCUUCCAAUAGACAGGUUUCCUAUUGAAUUGAGAUGUUACCUCCCAAAUAUUUAUUACAGCUCUUCAGAGGGAAAUCAAACGAAAUUCCUACGCGUAGUAGCUCUUGUUGCUGUCAAAGACAUAGGAAUUGAUACAGAACUUUUCUCAACUUACUACACUGUCGUGCACGCUUAGAUUCGUCAAUUAAAGAAGAGUAAAUACAUGCGAUUGAAGAAA